UCCAGUGCGACGUAACUAAAAAUAUAAUUUGACUCCAAAAAUAUUAUUUCAUAAUAUGUUUCUUAUUUUCAGAUAUUUUUGACAAUUUCCAGAUUAUUACUUGUAAAAUUUCCAAGUAUAUUGACAAGCACACUAUAUACUCAACUCAAGGUGGUUUUCUUGCGAAUGUAAACAAUCCUUUCGGCGAGAUCGAAAAUAUUAUUUGAAGUAAAUAAAAAGAUUUUCCUUGUGACAAAUACUAAUCAUAACUAACUAUGAAUAUUCGCUGUGCUACUCCAGAUGAUUUGAUGAAUAUGCAACACUGUAAUUUGUUGUGUCUGCCUGAGAAUUACCAAAUGAAGUACUAUUUUUACCACGGUCUAUCAUGGCCUCAAUUAUCAUAUGUAGCCGAAGAUGAGAAAGGAAAAAUUGUUGGAUAUGUACUUGCUAAAAUGGAAGAAGAUUCAGAUGACGAUCCUCAUGGGCACAUUACUUCCCUUGCUGUUAAGAGAUCUCAUCGAAGGUUGGGACUUGCUCAAAAGUUAAUGGAUCAAUCCUCAAGAGCUAUGGUGGAAUGUUUCAAUGCAAAAUACGUUUCCUUGCACGUAAGAAAGAGUAACAGAGCUGCACUACACCUUUACACAAAUACUCUGAAAUUUCAGAUAAGUGAAAUUGAGCCUAAAUAUUACGCUGAUGGUGAGGAUGCUUACGCUAUGAAACGUGAUCUUGCAAGUUUUGUGUCACAGUCAAAAACAUCAUCAGAAAAAGAUGUAAAAUAAUUACAUUUUUGAUUUAGAUAUAAUUUUGUGCCCAAUAUGAACGAAUUGUGCGUUAUUUCUCUAUUCUGUUAUUGUUUUGUUUGCCUUUUAGAACCUCAAAUAAUUUUAAGUAACUUCGGAUACUUACAAAUACAUCUUACAAAAAAUAAAUAAAAGAUCUAAUUAAUUGA